CUACACAAGAAAAUACAUUAAAUGUCCCAUUACUUGUGUUUGGGUUGAAUUUAAAUUAUUAACAAUAAUGUUUUAAACCUAUUUUUAGACUAAGGAAAGAAAAGCUAACUCCUUUUUCACAGUCAGGCGACCAGACAGGUGAGGCACAGAGUGGCACCAGUGCAGGGAUGCAGCAGUUAGGUCCCGUGGCACACAGCAGCUCCAGUGCAGGGAUGCAGCAGUUAGGUCCCGUGGCACACAGCAGCUCCAAUGCAGGGAUGCAGCAGGCAGGCCCCGUGGCACACAGCAGCUCCAGUGCAGGGAUGCAGCAGGCAGGCCCCGUGGCACACAGCAACUCCAGUACAGGGAUGCAGCAGGCAGGCCCAGUGGCACACAGCAACUCCAGUACAGGGAUGCAGCAGGCAGGCCCCGUGGCACACAGCAGCUCCAGUACAGGGACUCAGCAUGCAGGCCCCGUGGCACACAGCAGUUCAAGCUGUCAGAUUAAGUGCUGUCUUUGUAGCGAGAACAUUAAUGCUGAACCAUUUUCAGAGCAUUUAUCUGACUUCCAUGCAGAGGAAUGUUGUGAGCAGUGUGGGAAGAAGGUCAGUAGUGCACUUGGGCUUCUCGAACAUAUUUCAGAAGGUCAUGAUCUUUCAGUCACCAGCGGGUAUGCACCACAACAACCCCCACCACAACAACCCCCACCACUACAACAACCUCCUCCACAACCGAGACAACCUCCUCCACAACCGAGACAACCUCCUCCACAACCGAGACAACCUCCUCCACAACCGAGACAACCUCCUCCACAACCACAACCACCACCUCCUACUCGUGCUACAUCGCCAUAUAUUAUCCCCCUGAGGCCAUUGGUGGUGAAUUGGCCAAGUUUUUUGCCUAAGCAGUUCAUGCGGGUCAUUAAGCCAGCUGACAGGGAGUGGAUUGCCCAGUCCCUUUAUGAACCCACAGGACAGCUGAAGCAACAGCUUUCACAAAACUGGUUCUAUCCUCCCAGUCCACCAAAGGUGACAACUGCACCACCUGAUCCAAUGACCUACUUCAGGCAGAGGAUGUUCCUGUGGGCACCAAUGAGGAUGUGGGGUAUUCCGCUUAAGUGUCAUCAGUGUAACCGCAAGAUGCACCACUCUGGGAUUUACACUAAGGCAAGGGAAGUGAUUGACGUUGACACCAGGUACUACUUGAUUGGAGGGGACUAUCCACAAUGCAGUAAGUGCAUGAUCCCCGUCUGUCCGUGGAGUACUGAGAUGUUGGGACAGCUAGAUCCUGCUCACAGAAACCAAUUCCCUGCUGUUCUCACAACACAGCUGGCUCUGGACAGGAGGUGUGUUACAAUGUUGAAACCCCGAACUGCAGGGAACAGCUCCAGUUACCUACAGAAAGCACUGGAGGAAGUUCACAGUGAGGAAUGGGCAAGGCGGACAAUUGACUACUUGUCUGACUGUGAGCUUCACAAAAGGAGAAGCUGCAUGUACCAGUGUGAGGAAGCAGUCUAUGAGCCACCACCACCUUUUUGCCCCCUACCUCUGGCACAGUGGUUUGAAACAGUGCAUGCCAAUGAGAUCCUUGCUCACCUGGAUGAGAUGAAGGGUGUCAUCACCUCAACAUAUGGCAGGAUCUUAAAGCUUGACUCCACAAAAAAGGUACAGGCAGGUCUUUGUUUUCAUCAGUGGUCAUUGAUUAAAAUUGAUAAGGGAACACUUAAUUGAUCCCCAGGCGCAGAAAUGUGGGUGUUUUGUUGGCUAUAUUUAUUGUGUUUUGAGUAAUCUGUUUUAUUUAUUAUUUGUUUAUGUUGUAAUACUGAUUUAUUUUUAUAGAUCACAAAGAAACUUGCUGGUGACAUUGCGGACACAGCUACGUGGAUGACAAACAUCAGCAACGAAUGUGGCCUGGUUCUGAACUGUGUGCUAACCACAGGUGAGGGAGCUGGUCUUGAGGACUUGUGCCAAGGCAUUGUCAAGCGCUACCAGGGCGCCGGGGAGCCAGAGCCAGAAGUAAUUUAUGUUGACCGGGAUUGCUGCAGCGAGACAGGUGCACCCCCAGUUCUUGUUUGGUUUAAACCAUGGAAGACCAUUGUGAGACUGGAUAUUUUUCACUUCAUGAGGCGAUUCACUGCUGGUCUCACAACAGAACACCAUCCUCUGUAUGGCACCUUCUGCUCCAAGUUGUCAAGCUGUAUCUUUGAGUGGGACCAGGAUGACAUCUCUCGUCUCAAGGAUGCGAAGAGGUCACAGCUUAAGAGAAAGCAUGGUGGUCAUGCUCCCACAGAAGCGCAAGUUCUGGCCAACAUCAGCUCCAGUGAACUUGCCAAGCACUGCAAAAGGAGAACUCGUGGGGUUGAGGAGACACACAGCCUGAUUGAAGGAUUGCUGAACUCCAUGUGGGCUCUGACUGACACAUCAGGAUUAUGCCUGAUAAACCCUGAGAGCAUGAAACAUGUGUGGGAGGCGCAACAGAAGCACUUGCCAUGCAUCCAGGAUCCACCUGGUGUUGAACUAUACACCAAACUUGGCUCUGGGUUACAAAAGGGAGACAAGGUCCUGGAUGUAUUCAGAUGUGGCAGAGGGUCGUCCUCUGUGGAAAGCUUUCAUCGCCACCAGUGCACCUUUAUCCCGGGAUGGAGAAGUAAUGCCAUGCACACGCAGAUGUACAUGCUUGAGGGUGGAUCCAGGUGGAACAUGAACCGAGCCCAUGAAGCUGUGGAUGUGAGUGAAACGUCACACACAAGAAUCUAUGAUGUCCGCUUGAUGUCCAACGUCAAUGCCCUCAGCAACAGUGUCCUUGGCCGUGCACUCAUUCGAGAAUUUAUUCUACCUGGGAAAACCACCGGUAAGAUCCUCCAGGAGAGAGCAUUUUCCUUGUGA